AUGAAAGUCGAAUUCGCGCCGCUCAACAUCCCGCUGGCUCGGCGGCUGCAGACAGCGGCUGUUCUGCAGUGGGUCCUGUCCUUCCUGCUGCUAGCUCAGGUGUGUAUUGGCAUCCUUGCAAUCCUGAUCAUACACAACUAUUGGUUCCUUUACGUCCCUUACUUGACAUGGCUUUACUUUGACUGGCGCACCCCUGAGCAAGGGGGCAGGAGAUCCCAGUGGGUCAGAAGCUGGACGGUUUGGAGAUACUUUAAGGACUAUUUUCCAAUUCAUCUCAUCAAGACUGGAGACUUGGAUCCGAGUCACAACUACAUAUUUGGGUUUCAUCCCCAUGGAGUGCUGGUUGCUGGAGCCUUUGGAAAUUUCUGUACAAACUAUUCGGACUUCAAGGAGCUGUUUCCUGGCUUUACUGCGUAUCUUCACGUGCUUCCGUUUUGGUUCCGGUGUCCUUUAUUCCGAGAAUAUCUGAUGAGUAGUGGGCCAGUCUCAGUUUCCAAGAGAAGUGUGUCCCAUGUGCUGAGCAAAGAGGGAGGUGGGAACAUUUCAGUCAUUGUCCUUGGGGGUGCAGAAGAAUCAUUGUACGCACAUCCUGGAAGCUUCACUCUGUUCAUCCACCAGCGAAAAGGAUUUGUUAAAAUGGCUUUGACCCAUGGUGCCUAUUUGGUCCCUGUGUUUUCUUUUGGUGAAAAUGAACUAUUUAAACAAGUAAGCAACCCUGAAGGCUCAUGGAUCCGAACUUUGCAGGAGACGCUAAAAAAGAUCGUGGGGUUUACUUUGCCCCUGUUUCAUGCGAGAGGAGUUUUCCAGUACAAUUUUGGCCUUGUACCUUAUAGGAAACCUAUCCACACUGUUGUGGGCCGUCCAAUUCCCGUUCAUCAAACUUUGAACCCAACCUCAGAGCAGAUUGAGACGCUGCAUCAGAACUACAUGGAGGAACUCAGGAAAUUAUUUGAGGAGCACAAAGGGAAGUAUGGUAUUUCAGAGCACAAAACUCUCGUUUUUAAAUAA